AAAAGGUUAGUAGUUUACAAGCCGAUGUAAAAAAAUGUCGGUGAUAAAAUUUGUGGCUUUAAACGUAAUAUCUGCAUUAUAUUUUUCUUCUCUUGCAAAAGGAGACGCAGGUAACACGUGGGGUUAUCAAGAUGGAAUACCUCCUGCUGAAUGGCCAAGAGAAUAUAGAACAUGUGGUGGACGACAUCAAUCCCCGAUCGAUGUACAAACCAACCAAAUACGUCUGAAUCAACGAUUGGGCAGAUUUGAUCUGAGUGAUCUGAAUAAUGUCAACAAUAUUCGGCUGACCCUUGAAAAUAAUGGACACACAGCUGAAGUCGAUGUUGAAGGACUAAACAAUCGGCUGGUAGUAAGAGGUGGAGGUCUUCCAGGUCCUUAUACUGUUAAACAGUUUCACUUCCAUUGGGGAUCACAAGACAGUCGCGGAUCAGAACACGACAUAAAUGGUAGAUUCUUCCCCAUGGAGAUGCACGUUGUCACCUACUCACAAAGAUACAGAAUGUUUGAAGAAGCUAAAAAUGCAACAGGAGGACUCGCUGUGCUGUCGUUUCUAUUUGAUGUCGGUGCUCAUAAUCCGGCAUUUGACAAAAUAAUUGGUCAUUUGAACGAUGUUAGACACAAAGACGACCAUGUAAAUAUUCAAGCAUUUGCUUUAGGAUCCUUGUUUCCACGUUCCACUGAUGUAUUUUAUAGAUAUUACGGUGGAUUGACAACGCCGCCAUGUUAUGAGAGUGUAAUCUGGACAAUAUUUCAAGAACACAUACGAAUAUCUGAAAGACAGAUUAACCAAUUCAGACUUCUGAGCGAUCGUCAUUUCCGUCGUUUCCGACCUCUGUCAGAUAACUUUCGACCAACCCAGCCUUUAAAUGGAAGAUAUGUGUAUACCAAUGACCGAAGAGGUUAUCAAUACCAAAGACAAGGUACAUUCGGAAGACAACCUAAGCAACUAGAAACUGCUCCAAACAGACCGUUUGUUAACUGGCCACAGUUUCCUGUAUCUAAAGCCAGAUCCAAUGGGUUUCCUGUCUAUAAAACCAGAUUUAUUGGGUUUCCGGUCUCUAUAAAUACCAGAUCCAUUGGUUUUCCUGUAUCUAAAACUAGAUCCAUUGGUUUUCCCAUAUCUAAAACCAGAACCAAUGGCAGACGACGAAAUAUGAGGAGGACUUCACAAAGACGACGUUUAAGCCUGAAAGGCCGCUUAUUUGGAUAUUAGCUGUAACAGUUCUAUUUUUUAGGGUUCCAGGUUCUUACAUGUAUAUACAACGCAUUCAUAUUAUAAUUAUAGUUAUUGUAUGAUGUAUAAAUUAUAUAAGGGAGACAUAAAGGAUGCUACAAUGU